UGCCAUUUCUUUCAGCUUUGGAUAUAUAUUGCAUGAAAGCAAUUACGAUAUGCACUUAUGCAUUGCAGAUGCCUAUCUUCCAUCUCUAAUCUUCUGAUCUUUCUUUCGGCUUUCCCGCCAUGGCUGAAUACGAAGUCAUUGUUGGUGACAGAAAAAAGAGGGUCAUUAUGUUUCCAUUCAUGGCUCACGGCCACCUCAACCCUUUCAUGGCACUAGCGGAAAAGCUAGUACAAAGAGGAAGCUGCACCAUAACCAUUGUCAAUACUCCUUGGAACAUCCAAAAACUCAAAUCAUCAUUUCCUCCUGAUUCCAAGACUAACAUAUCCUUUGCCGAAAUCCCCUUCAAUUCUGCCCAGUAUGGCCUCCCGGUGAAUGCAGAAAACAUGGGGGAACUCUCCCCUGAACUCUCCACUCGUUUCCUUGAAGCCUCGGAAAAUCUUGAACCCCACUUCAGGAAUCUCUUAAUAAGCAUUACCGAGAAAGAAGGGAAGGCACCGGCGUGUAUUAUCUCCGAUAUGUUCCUCGGAUGGACUAUCAAGGUUGCCAAUGAGCUAGGAAUCUUCCAUUCUGUUUUCAUUGCAGGGGCUGGUUAUGGCAUGGGGAUUUAUUUUUCUCUUUCAUUGAACAUAAGCCAAAGAGAGAAUGGGGAAGAAUUUUCGCUCCUUGAUUUUCCUGAGGCCUCGAGAAUUCACCAAACCCAACUAGGGGGUGAAUUCAAGUAUAGUGAUGAAACAGUUUCUUGGUUCUGUUUCCGGGAACGGCAGUUCUUGUUCUGUUUGAGCUCUGAUGCAAUUCUGUUGAAUAGCAUACCGGAGUUGGAUGGGAUGGGGGCAAAGUACUUUCACCGAAAAACAAGAGGAAAGCCUAUAUACAUGGUUGGACCAAUCUGUUCUUCCCCCAAGAGGGCAUCUCAAUUUCCAGAUGAUUUUUCUGCCUGGCUGGAUCUUCAUCCACCAGAGUCAGUUCUGUAUGUAUGUUUUGGAUCACAAUUCACCAUCCUACCUUCCCAGAUGCGAGAAUUGGCAAAGGGUUUGGAGGAAAGUGGUGUGGUAUUUAUCUGGGUAAUUAGGCCACCCGUGGGAUUCAGUGUGGCAGAAGAAAUCAAUCCAGAAUGGUUACCUGAUGGAUUCCAGGAUCGAAUCAGGAGUAGGAAUCAAGGGAUUUUGAUUUAUAAAUGGGCUCCCCAGGUGGAAAUUCUGCGCCAUAGAUCAACAGGAGGGUUUCUUAGCCAUUGCGGCUGGAACUCUGUCCUGGAAAGUUUGUGUAAUGGGGUUCCAAUCAUUGGCUGGCCUCUGGAGGGAGAACAGCGCUUCAACUCCCACUUCCUGGAGAAGGAAGUCGGUGUUUGCUUGGAAAUGGCUCGAGGGACUGAGUCUGCAACUAUUAAGUGUGACGAUGUUGCAAGAACAAUCAAGAUGGCGAUGGGACAAACAGAAAAAGGAGUGGAGAUGAGGAGAAAGGCCCUGGAAAUUAAAAAGAAAAUGGAAGAUGCAAUCCAAGAAAGGGAUGGUUUUAAAGGAUCCUCUGUUCAGGCCAUGGAUGAGUUCCUCAGCAUAGCAACCUCUACAAGAUAAAUAUAUAUAAACAUCCAUCCCUUUGGAGAAAACUAGCAAAGGGAUUCAGACCCUUUAGUCCUGAUGAUUGUGAAUUUACAUAUCAAUAUCAAUAACAGCUUCUUCAAUCC